UCUAAACAAGAACAGCUCGACGAAACGGUGCACAAGAGAUGCGAGUUUCUGGAAACUUUCGGUCGGAGCUCCCUAUACUGUGAUUCCCUUUGGCGCCGAUUCGGAGCAGGAGGAGCCUUUCACCGCCGUUACUGAUUCCUGGGGUGGAAUAUUCCCGCCUCAACGAAAUAGACCAUACACAAUGGCAGCUAUCAUCAGCUUCUUCGAUAUGGGUCGAAUGAAAGUAACCGACUUCUUCCGAGCUCAACCGAAGCCGCGGACCAGUGUCCAUAGGAAGCGACGCCUCCAGAAAGGUUUUACUUAUAUCUCAAGCUUAGAGACGAUUUGGGAAGAUGAAGAACCCGAUCGCAUCCGCCUGGUCAACCAGACGUCGAAGCGGGUCGAGAGCUCGCGAGUUAUUGCUCAGCCGAAAUUUGUGGUUCACGAAGACGUGUGCUCCCGUGGCGAUCAUGCGGAUAUCAACGAGGAAGAUUUGGGGAACGAAGAUCCGCAAGACGAUCAGACACUUGUUUCAAGUUUCCCGGAGCCCCGUAAACGAGCCGGCAAGAAAGCUUGCCCUGGAGCCAAGCAGCUCUCUGACGAAAAUGCCACCGUGAAUAUUAUGUGAAAUUUCCAACAAUCGCGAGAUCGAUGUCAGUGUUUACAUAUGAAUGCUUUAAAGAGGAUUGGAGGAGGAACAAAAGGACGAACGAAUAGAGUUUCGAUUAGACGAGUAGAUCUUUUGGAUGACUUUAAACAAAUGACCGCUGUUCGAGCGCGAGGGAAGAUGAGUUUCUUAAUAUACGUACAUUGUAAAUCCCAUAUUUCCCCCUUCUAUGAGAUUAUGAGAUCACACGGGGGUCUAAGCACCUUUUUGAGUCUUGAACGCGAAUAAAGUAUUUGCAUUGGUGGAU